UGUUUGUAUGUAUUAUCAGAAUUGUAGAGUCUAUGACGAGGGGGUGUAGUAUUAGUUGGAGGAAGAGCCAUUUGACAAGUUGUCGGACACGUUACUGCACAGGUUUCCCUGGGAUUAUUAUCGUCAAGGUUUAUCUUUUUUCUAGUUCACACUUUAUUUAAAUACAAUGGCUAGCCGGUCCAGCUCUAGUCAUGCCAGUAGCCAACCUACCAGUCAACGGCGUGCAUCUGGCAGUACCACAAGCCGUACUACUAAUGGAGUUACUACUUCAGGAGCGGUAGCUUCUGGAGCUGGCACUUCUGCUCUUACUCAAAGCAGUGCUAGGUCAUGUAAUGGAGAUUCUAACAAAAAUGACAGCAAAGAUUACAAGGUCUUAAAAUAUCACAAAGGACUCAGUCCCAGUGCCAAAAGACUCCAGAGAGAGUUAGCAGAAAUCACUGUGGACCCACCUCCAAACUGCAGUGCUGGUCCAAAAGGAGAUAAUCUUUAUGAGUGGGUUUCUACAAUUUUUGGACCAAAGGGUUCUGUUUACGAAGGAGGAGUAUUCUUUCUCGACAUCCACUUUACAAAUGAUUAUCCAUUCAAACCACCUAAGGUGACAUUUCGCACUCGGAUAUACCAUUGCAACAUUAACAACCAAGGCGCCAUAUGCUUAGAUAUUCUGAAGGACAACUGGAGUCCAGCACUGACAGUUUCUAAAGUGCUGUUGUCAGUCUGUUCGCUUCUUACAGAUUGCAAUCCACGAGAUCCACUUGUUGGAAGUAUUGCAACCCAGUUUCUCACCAACAGAGAAGAACAUGACAAAACAGCUCGCCAGUGGACCAAGAAAUUUGCCACGUGAACCGCAUUUACUCUCAUAGCUCUGGACCUGUUCGUGUCGAUGCUAGUCAUUCUAUUCUUGACUGUUGCAUCAUCAACAUUCAGUACUUAUUUAGAGAUCAGCCGUUUUUUGAUUACCUCUCUCAACAAACAAACAAACAAACAAAGCAAGAAAGAACAAAAAGUCUUUAACAAAAAAUAAUUAAGACAAGCAAAAAAAAAAACUUUUAAAAAAAAUGACUUAAUAAAAAUGUAUGUAUCUGAGCUGAUAUAAAUUUCUAACUUUACAACCUGCCCCAGGAUUUUAAGAAGAAUAAUUAAUUAAUUAAAUAAAUAAAUAAACACAAAAACAGCCAAAAAAUUUCCAUGGAAACAACAUAAUAUCUGAAUUAAAAUGAUGUUAAAUAACAAGAAUACUAACUUAAAAUAUUAAAUUUGGAAAUAAAAAUAAAAAUGGGGGAGUGAAAGAAAGAACCAGAGUAAAAUUCCUAUCAUGGGGUGGGGGGUUGCUAUUUUGGACCUUUUGCAAAAUGGAAAGGACAAGAAUUCCUUUAAAAAUAUCAAAAAAAAAAAUUACAAAAAAAAAAAUAUUAAAAAAUACUCUAAAUUGUUGGUAGAAAACUACAACAAUAACCACUAUGAACUUAAAGAAAAAAAUCUAAAAAUGUAUGUGUAAUAUAUAUGUAUAUGUUAUAUAUAUGUGUAUGUGUGUCUAUACAUAUAUAUAUACACACACACACACAUAUGUAGGUGUGUGUGUUUGUAUAUAUAUAUAUAUAUAUAUAUGCACACACACACACAUGUACACAUGCACACAUAUACAAGCAUAUUUGUGUAUGCAUAUAUUUACAUAUGUGUGUAUAUGAAUGUGUAUAUCUAUAUAUAAUAUAUAUAUAUAUAUACAUAUGCAUUUAUAUGAAUAUAUAUGUAUAACACAUAUACAUAUAUGUGAGUGUGUGUGUGUGUGUGAGUGUAAGCAUAUAUAUGUAUGUGUAUAUAUGCAUGUGUAUGUAUAAUUUAGGUGUAUUGAUUUUAUUUUCAUUUCAAUUUUUUUGUUGGGUAAUUAGUGGUUUAUAUUUAUUUUUUCUUCUUUAAUUUUUUUUUUUUAAUAAAAAAACAUACAGAAAAAAUAUCCCAUCCCUUGUGCUACAAGCUGAGUGUAUAAAAUUGAGUGUAUAUGUAAUUAGUUACAGUUGUAGUUUAACAAAAAAAAAAAGAAAACCUUGUCCACAUCUAUCUCUCAUUGUCAUUUCAAUACCUUAUCAGCUCUGCUUAAUUUGGAUCAGUUGAAAUUUUCCUAGGUUGAGCAUAUAUUUUUUUACUCUUACUGUCCUGACCAUUAUCAUUAUAACCAUUAUUAUUAUUAUUAUUAUUAUGGAUGCUUUGGUUAUUGUAAUAACAAUAAUAAUAAUUACAACUAUUAUUAUUAUUAUUAUCAUCAUUAUUAUCAUUUAUUAUUAUGAUUAUUAUUAUUAUUAUUUGAUUGAUUUUUAUCUCCACAAUUUGCAUAACAGUUGAGCCGUUUACAUUUCUUUUGGAAAAAAAAAAGUAUAAUAAUAAUAAAGACAAAAAACACAAAUAAAUAAAAUUUG